AUGAAUUCAUCUGGACUCACUCAAGAGCAGACAGAAGCUUUGGCUAAUUUCCAAGCUAUCACUGAAUGCUGGGACAAUUCUAUUGCAUUGCAGCUUAUGAAAAGGCACAAUUGAGACGUCACUGUAGCAUCUAAUGAAUUUUUUUCUCUUCUCUCAGAAGAAGCACAUCUCCAAGAACGACAUAAUUCAGAUAGGCCCGCUCCCAGAAAAAAAUCUCCAUCUCGUCUUAAUCAGCAAAACAAUGCCCAGCCUGCACCUUCACAAAUUCAGCCAAAUUGAUCUAUACGCUCUAUAAUCUCUUCAGGUGCUAGUGCUAUUUAUUCUAAAGCAAGCACAUUGGUGUGAAACUUUUGAAAUCUUUUUGUCCCCCCUGAAGUUCGUGGCGAAGAAUCAGCAAGUGCUCGAGCCUUUGUCACAACUUUACAAAAUUUAAAGACUCCUCUCAUCCCUCCAUUUAGCACAAGACACUUGCCUGAUAUCUUAUUAGAUACAGCCAGCAUAAAAAGACCUUUAAUUAUAUAUAUAAACUCAAGAAAUGUGCCUACAGAGUAUUUAAGAGAUAUAAUUUGUCACGAAGUGACAACUGCGUAUAUAACAGAAGGGUAUUUAGCUUGAGGAGUAGAUGAAAACUCCCAAGAUGGUAAAAUGGUGAUUAGGCUAUUGCAGGCUACGACAUUGCCGACAUUAGCAGUUUUAAAGGUUAGAGACCCUGCAAAACCACAAGUUAUAGAUAUAGAGCUUUUCUUUAAAUUUUCCAGUCAAAAAUGAAGAAUUUACCAAUAGGAAAUGUAUGAAAAAUCCUAUAGGCUUGAAGGAUGUGUACCAUUUGAUACUUUUCUUGAAUUUUUAGAUAAAAAUUCAAGCCUUUUAAGACCUCACCAAAAAGCUCCAGAAGUGUCUCAGAGAUUACUACAGGAAAGGAUAAUUAGAGAGCAGCAAGAUAGGGAGCUAGAAGAAGCCGAAAGGAUUGUUAGAGAAAGAUAUAAAGCUGAAGAAAUUAAAAAAGCACAAAUGAAAAAAGAGGAGGAAGAAGAAAUGAAAAAGCAAAUGAUUGAAGAAGAAAAAAGAAAGCAAAAAGAAGAGAGUAUAGGAGCUGAGCCAAAUCCUGGGCCUGACAUAGCUGCUAUAAACUUUAGGAUGCCUGAUGGUAAAAAAAUAGAGCGAAGGUUCCAAAAAGACAAAAAAAUUGAAAUCCUUUAUGAUUAUAUAGAAACCUCAGGGCUUAAGAAUUUCGAUAUACUUACAAAUUUUCCUUCAAAAGUUUUAGACGAAAAACAAGUAACAUUAGAAGCUGCUGGGCUCUUUCCAAAAUCUGUUGUUUAUGUUAGAGAUAACUCAUAA